AUGUCCGAACAAACCCAAGAACCCCUCAUUGACACGACUCCACUUGUGAGACCAGCACAACACGAACGCCAGAAGAGUUUGGAAAAAUUGUACGCUGAUAGACCUACGGCUCAUGAGUUGAGGGAGAGACAUAUCUUACUGGAUACAGAUGCUGCGCCUGGUCUUCAAAGUGCUCAACAUGCACUUGAACAACAAAGAAUUUCAGAUAGUUUGAAGAAGAAUUUGGAACACCGGCCCACCAAGGAGGAUUUGGUUGAACGCAAUAUCCUCGCAUCUACAACAGCAGCCCCGAGUAUCCAAGCGCACCAAAAGGAAUUGGAGAAACACAUGCGUGCGGAUAGUUUGAAUGAGAAAUUGAGUCAUCGGCCGCAACCCGAGGAUUUACUUCAUAAGGGGGUUCUGAAGGAAGAUCCGACGAGUCCGAUUGAGGGGGGUGAUGGGGAUAGUGCGGAGAAGAGGUUUGAGGAUGCCAUUGAGGAGGAAUAUGCUAGGAGGGAGGGGGGUGCUUAG